CAUAUCAUUUUUUUGUUAUUUCAUCGCUGUGAAGGACAGACAUCCCUGAUUAUUCCCCGAUAAUGACUGAGCAGUUUAAGCAGUUUUAUAUGUGAGGCUUCACAGUGCUAUCAGCGUGCCCCUAGGAGUUGUAAUUUGCGUUUUGAGGAACAUGGCCAACCGCUUCUUCGAGGGAGCUGCACAUGCUGCUGUCUAUGCCAAAUUUAGACCCAGACCACCCACGUCACUAGCAGAAAGGAUUGUGUCUUUUGCAAAAGAAACAAUUUUUAUGAGCAGAAAUGGCGUCAAAAAGACUAACAGUAGUCAAGGAGAAACCCUGAAGGCUGCGGCUGAUGUAGGUUGUGGAUCUGGCCAGAGCACAGAGAUCCUGAGCCCUUAUGUCGAGGCUGUGACAGGCCUCGAUGUUUCAGAAGCCCAGGUCCUGGAAGCAAGAAAACUGAACAAGUAUCCUAAUAUCACGUACAAGGUGAGCCCCGCAGAAACUUUGCCCUUCUCUGACAAGAGCUUGUCCCUGGUCACGUCAUGCCAAGCAUGCCACUGGUUUGACAUGCCUGCCUUCUAUAAAGAAGUUGAUCGUAUUCUUGUGCCUGGUGGAGUCUUAGCAUUGUAUGGCUACCUCUUCCCAAAACCAAUUCAUGAGAAUUUUGGAAAUGAGCUGUAUAGCCUAAUAGACCAUUUGUAUAAAGAGCAACUGAAAGACUAUGUACACCAAGGGAGCAAGGAGGUCUACCUUGGAAAGUAUGAAGCUGAAAAGUACACUAUGAUAUAUAAAGACCAAUUGAGGUGGGUAGAGAGGCUUACUUUACUACCUUCUUCCUCUUGUCUUCCCCAAGUUGUAAUGCUUCAUAUGUUUUUUGAGGGAAAGGCAAAGUAAAUAAUGGUAUUUUCU